UGUUGUCGUAUCUCAACUCGAGUGUAACUAAAAUAGGUAGUUUGUGUUUUUAGAUGAAAAGCUUCUCAACAGUAUCAAGUUUGCGGUGCUGUUCUCUUCGAUGAGUCUGCGAGAAAGUUAUUUGAUCUUAUUUACUGCGGAGCUUGGGUAUAGUACUGGGUAGGUAAAAAGGUAUCGUGUGUAUAAAGAUGGAGUUUCUAUGGCUGAGCUUUAUACAUUGUAGAAAAAUCUCUUAAGAGGUAAUCUUUCAGUUGAAUCGCGAAGGUCGAGAUAUCUUUAUCGGAGUUUGAUUGUCGCUAUGUGCUGAAAUUUAUAACUUCUGAUACUCGUGAGAUAGAUCUUAAAAUGUUAGCUGUAAAAUCGAGCCUUCCAGUGUGGAAAAAGUCGACCACGAUUCUUCGAUAUUUAUCAACGAAUAUCCCUGAGAUUUACAAAGAUAAGACCGGUUUGCAUAAAAUUGAAACCUCGCAUACGAAUCCAAUGAAAUUGUUCCACGAAUGGUUUCAAGAACAUAUUGGACCCAAUCAAGACGACCAGUUUUACAAAGUUUGUUGUUUCGCUACAGCUUCCAAAAAUGGCGAAGUCUCAUCUAGAAGCUUAAUCCUCAGACGAUUAGAUGAAGACGGAGUUGUUGUUCAUACAGACGGUCGUAGCCUGAAGUCUAAAAAUAUCAGCGAAAACCCUCAAGCUUCCUUGGUAUUCUUAUGGAAUAAGAAAAUUUCCGACAGAAAUUUCACCAGACAGGUACGAAUGAAAGGAUCAGUUGAAAAGCUCGCCGAACAAGAUAACAACGAGAUAUUCGAAAAAGAACCAUUGUUCGCAAAAAUCAGAUCAUUAAUUUGUCAUCAGGGUUCAGAAGUAUCAUGGGAAGAGUUGAAAAAAACUCACGAUCAAGUUCUACUGAAAUAUCAUUCCAACAACGAUACUCUUCUUCGACCAGAUCACACGAUAUCGUAUAAAAUUCACCCGCAAUAUAUGGAAUUCUACGAAACAUACGGACCGAAAAUAGGUGACAGGAUUUUGUACACGAAAUCCGGACAGAUGUGGAAUAUUACGAGAAUAGCAGCUUAGUGUUUUAAUCCAAGUUCUCUGCGUAUGUUGAUUGAUAUAAGUAUACUCGAGUAAUUUUUGGAAUAUUUUCAAUAUAUAUUUUUGAGAGAUGAACCACUUA